GAACUCCUGCGCGAAUAAACAUACUCUCCUCGCAAUUGAUGUCGAACGCAUGGGAGUAGUCGACCCACGCGUACAAACGUCGUUUGUUGACAGCGUGGUGAAAAUGGUGUUUGACAGUGCGUACAACACCGAGCGAAAGAGACGGAAGCCCAAUACAAGCGCAAGUGGGUGACUUUUCGUGGCUCGUCGUCGUCGUUGUGCGAUUAUCGGGAAGAAAGAAGCAAGAACUCCGUUCGUUCUAUGAAAGGGGGUGUCUCGCGAUUAGGAUCGACUAGCCCAGUUCAGUUGACACACGCAGGAAAACGCAACGAAACUGAAAAACGGAAACAGCUUUAGGGUCACGGAGAGGGCACCAACGUUGAUAAAAGUGCGGGCAAACAUCGCGCAGUGCGAGCGAACUCGGGGACAAGAUGAGUGAUUUCUUGAAAUCGGCCAUAAACUAUUUCAAUGCGACACCCUCGAAUGGAUUGGACAACGAUUUCGUGGGCCAGGCGGUGGAGGUGGCUAACGUGAAGCUGCGUAUCAAACGCGUUAUAGCGGAAGGUGGAUUUGCUUACGUGUACGUGGCACAGGACGUGCAAUCCAACACGGAGUACGCACUGAAGCGGCUGCUCGGCACGGACAAGGAGGAGUGCAAUAACAUAAUACGCGAGAUCAACUUCCACAAGCAGGUGUCUGGCCACCCGAAUAUUGUAAAAUUCGUGGCCGCCACCUUCAUCGAUCGACCACAAAGCACCAACUCGCAGCGCCGGGCGGAAUAUCUGCUGGUGUCGGAGCUUUGCAAAGGCGGCUCGCUGUACGACUGUCUCGAGCAGGAUCUCGCGCCGGAAACGGUGCUGCGGGUGUUUUACCAGGCCACCAAAGCCGUUGCCCAUCUACACAGCCAACCGAAACCCAUCAAUCAUCGGGAUAUAAAGAUUGAAAACUUUCUUAUUGGAAGCGAUGGAUUGUUGAAGCUGUGCGAUUUUGGAUCGGCAUCCACGGAUAGCUACGCACCGGACGUAACAUGGAACGCGCAGCAGCGCGAUACGCUGGAAGAUGCACUAACACGGUGCACGACUCCGAUGUACCGGGCACCGGAGCAGCUCGAUACCUGGGCCAACCAUCCGAUCGGUAUCAAGAUGGACGUUUGGGCGCUCGGAUGUAUUUUGUACUGUCUUUGCUACCGCAAGCAUCCGUUCGAGGAUUCGGCCAAACUGCGUAUUAUAAACGCCAACUAUACCAUUCCAGCGACUGAUUCGCGGUACGCAUGCUUCAAUGAAGUGAUCCGUGGAUGUUUGCAAAUCGAUCCGAAUCAACGGUUCGAUACGGCCAUGAUACUGGAACGGUUGGCUGCCGUCGCGGAGACGAAGGGAUGGCCAUUGAAGGCCCCGCUAGGAUUACUGGGCAAACCACUGAAUUCGCCCCUCACGGGCAUGACACCGGCACCCAGCCCGAGUCACAAUCGACCGAAUGGUGGUGUAGUACCGGAACGGCCUGCACCACCCCGACCCGUUUGUCCGCCGGGCGGUCCCGUACCGGUGUCUAGCGACGGUACGCUUCGAAACAAGUACCCCCAGCGUCCUCCUGAUCCGGUGCGUAUGGCACCUCCGGUGCAGGCUGGACCAUCGCCAUAUCCAACGCCUCACACGCAACAGUUUAGUCAACCGGUCCCGCCAGCGAUAGGUGGCGGUGGUGGUGGCGGUCUAUUCUCCUCGAUAAAGGGCGGUGCGGGAAGCUUUUUGAAAAAUCUGAAAGACACCUCGUCGAAGGUGAUGCAAACAGUGCAGCAGAGCAUUGCCCGCACAGACCUUGACAUGAGCUACAUUACGCAGCGGAUCAUAGUGAUGCCGUGUCCGUCGGAGGGCAUCGAGUCGACGUACCGCACGAACAACAUCGAGGACGUAAAGCUGUUCCUGGACAGUCGCUACCAACCCACGAAACUGAGCGUAUACAAUCUGGUCGGUCGGAACAGUUGUCCCCGGAUGCCACCCCCCGUCCGGACGGUUGAUGCCGGCUUUAUUUACGCUCCCGUUCCGCCGCAAAGUGGCAAAGCUCCGGUACUGACCGGAUUGUACUCGCUCGUGGAAGAUAUCUACGGGUUUCUGAGUGCCGAUCCGAAAACGAUCGUCAUCAUCCAGAGCCCUGACUGUGGUCGUGCGCUGGCAGCGACCGUUGUGUGUGCUUUAUUGAUCUAUGCCUCGCUGGUAACGGAACCGGAAGAUGCGAUGCAAAUGUUUGCUAUCAAACGAACGCCACCCAGUUUGCGCGCCUCGGAGCUUCGGUACCUUUACUAUUUGGGAGACAUUGUCCGGUCGGUACCGCACCUGCCACACUACAAGCCGGUAACGCUAGUAUCUCUCGCAGUGACACCCGUACCCCGCAUGACAAAGGCACGCGACGGCUGCCGAAUGUAUGUGGAGGUAGCAACGGCCGAUCGUACGGUAUUCUGUACGCUGCAGGACUACGAACGGAUGCGCCUGUAUCAUACAUCGGAGGGAAAAAUUGCACUCGCAAUGAAUGUCACCGUGUGCGGUGAUGUUACGAUCAGCUUGUACCAUGCCCGGAACGCACUCGGUGGCAUAGGACGACCGCAGGGCAUUAAGAUAUGCCAGCUACAGUUUCACACCGGCUUCAUACCCGAGGAGGAAACGUUGAUCAAUUACGAUCGGUCGGAGUUGGACGAGGUGCCAGAUGUGGAGCAUGUGCCGCAAAAGUUCAGCGUUGCUCUGAGCGUUUUCGUGGGGGACUCGGAACGUCCGCCAUCUGCCAGUCCGCCCUGGAAUACGCCGAAAGCUUCGCGCGAUCCUCGCACCCUUUUCGCUUCUCAGCUGGAGUAUGAAGAGAACGUCGACAACUUUGUCACAAAACCCAGCAGUAAGGGAAGCGGAGAUUCGGCUGCACCACAUAAACCUCCGCCGCCACGACCGGCACCACCGUCACCACAACCAGCGCACCGAGUGUUGGGUGAUGAUGUGUCGCGAAUGACAGCGUCCGGUACUCCACCAACUGGAACCGGGAUGGAGGAGCGAGAAGCCGAUCUUUUAAAUCUAAACAAAUCUAGUCAAGCAAGGCAGCCGCAGGAAGAUGCACAGCCGGUUCCGCGGAUCGAAGAAACGUACGAUCUUCUCGGUGGACUUUCACCGCCGGUCGUUACUGGGCAAAGUGGCAGUGAAGCGCACGGGGCUGCUGCUGGCAGAAGCACGACAACGGCCGUACUGGACGAUAUAUUCGGAACGCUUGACGAUGCACCGGUGCCCAGUGGGGGCACCACCCUGCCCACUACCAAAUCGAGCAGUGAUUUAAAUGGCCUCAAUCUUAACUUUGACCACUUUGGUGGUGUAGCGCAGCCAGCAAGUGGUGCCCCUUUCACGAACGGCGCCGGGCAAUCGGACGCGUCUGCAAGCAAUGCAAACAACAGCUUUGGAUUCGAUGCGUUCGCUGGGGUUGCUCCGCAAUCGAUCUACAAUAGCGCUGCUUCGGUGCAACCUACCGCAACGAUUCCACAACAGCAACCACCACCGUCAUCGAAUAGUGCUGCAUCAAAAGAUCCGUUUGCAGAUAUCGGCAAUUUGGCAGCAGGUCUCGGAGGAGGAGGAGGUGCAGGCAGUGGUGCACGCGUUGCCAGCGGUUGGGGUGCUAAACCAGGAACUACACCCAGCCCUCGUUCGACACAGUUCUCCAGCCCGACCCAUCAGUUCAGUGGCGCUAGCACGGCGAACCCGUCGCCGAGGGCACCAUCGACGCCGAACCAUCAGAUGCGCAGCCCGAACGAUCCUAGCCAACCGUCAACGGCGGCCCGUCCCGAUUACAGUCGUUUGCAUUUCGAACCGCCGAAGAAUGGUAGCAAUGGCAAUGCAAAGGACGCAGCGCCGGGUGGUGGUGGUCUCCGUUCGGGGGAUAUUUUUGGCGACAUUCUUGGCCAGCAAGGUUACUCGUUCGGUAGUACCAAAAACCAAGGACCGCGAACGAUGAACGAUAUGCGCAAGGAGGAGCUGGUCAAGGAGAUGGACCCGGAAAGGGUGAAACUGAUGGAAUGGACUGAAGGUAAAAAGAACAAUAUUCGUGCACUACUCUGCACCGUGCAUACUGUGCUGUGGCCUGGCGCUAAGUGGACAAAGUGUGAAAUGCAUCAACUGGUGUCGGCAGCAGAUGUGAAGAAAAUAUACCGCAAAGCGUGUCUCGCCGUACAUCCCGACAAGCACACUGGUACGGAGAAUGAAAGUAUGGCGAAAAUGAUAUUCAUGGAGCUUAACAACGCUUGGACUGAGUUCGAGAGUGACGUGAGCCAACAGAAUCUAUUCUCCAACUAGAGCGCCAACAUGCUCUAACAACGGCCGGGCGUGUGAAUCGAGAGAGGGGUAGGUAAUAAUUUGUUAGAACGUUACUACAAUAGUUUAAUUAUUCCCACACGUUCCCGAACUUUUCGACCGACUGAAGUCGAAGAAUAUCGCAUUCCAUCUGGAAUGGAAAGCGUUUCCGAAGAAAAGAAAAAGAAACAGAAAAAAAACAUCACACGUUAGUCCCGAUUGUUUUACGAGAAAUAUUUUGAGUGUUUAAUGCAUCGAACCUGUAACGUGUGUUCCUUUUGUGUAGUAGAAGCGUACCUCUUUUCUUCCUCACCCUGGGACGGAAUGGAAUCGUUCCCGAUCGGAAAAGACAGUUUCAAAAUAAUAUCAUCAGUAAUAGUAAUUGUAUGGACUCUGGUUAGGGCUUUGCGGGAGGGGUCGGGAAGGCGCGGACAAAGUACUGAAAGGCGCAAAUGCUAGAGUGAAGCUAAUGUGAUAAUUUGUCCUUUUCGUUGAUGUUUUACUUUGAUCGAAAGUGCACUUUUAAACAUCACACCGCGUUGCAUCGUUUAAUUGCUAUGUCACUAUUUAUGGAAGUAUGAUAAGCACCGGCACAUUGCAGAAUAUACAUUCUGGGGCCGGUUGGCGUUCUUUAAGAAUGGAUCGCAUUGGCAGGAAGUGACGUAGUAAAGCAUAGGAUAGAGCAUAAAACAGGAAAGUACCAUUAUUUUAUUACCCCCAUGCCUUUAUGCGGAGGUGGGCAGGGAAAGAGUAUUAUAAACUGUUAAUAUAUUAUAACAUGUAUAGCCAGCCAGAAAUCUGACCCCUUAUCCAAAUAUCGUUUGGCGCUGUAGUGCUCUUGGAAAAGGUAGCAACGUAUCGUAAAACAAUUAAAUAUGUUUUCUUCAGUAAUGUAGUGUUUAACUGCAGGUUUUCUUAAAUUUUAACAGCAUUUUACACAUUUCGGGGGAGUUACAUCUGCUUCCAGCUACAGUCGAAUCGCUCAACGUUUGCUUCGACUCACGAGCUGCCUACUUUGCUACGAGCUUCCGUGAUUCCAUAGUAACGGCAUGCGGCAUCGACCAUAGUGUCCAAGUGAGCGCAUUCGGAGGUGAUGGCGAUUCGACAGUAACUGGAAACAGUUUUAUUUUCUAUGGAUAUGAAUUUAAUUUUCCAAUGCGUCUUUAUCAACACCCCGAUGCGUUUUAUUUCAACCUUUGUGGUUUGAUGUUUUAUUUCAUUUCCUUUUUGUAUUUAUUUCUGUAUAUUGGACAUGUUUUUUUCGUACGCGGUUUUACCUACAUUGCGUUCCAUUGAAAGAAACCAUUUCUAUUUACUCCGGUUCUCCUUAUGAAUUGUUUCCGAUGAUGAUUGUUCAGUUCAGAAAGAAAGACGACAUUACGGAUCAAGCUACUAGCCCUUUAUAUAUACUGGAAAUACUUUUUUCUUAUCAUUCAUUGAAUAAAAAUGCUAAUAAUAACACAACCAAACCUCUAACUCCAACAAAACUGUUGAAAUAAAUUGCCACAACGUUGAAACACGGAGCUCACGGGAAUACAAUUUAUACCCACGGAACUGAAACAUCCUUCCGAGAAAUGGAAAAAUGCUGUUAAUUAUUUGCCACAUGAGCCACAAAAGCUCUUUACACUUGAAUGAUUUACCAUAGAAGAACCCCACGAAGGACGGGAAACAAAAGCAGCAACAUAGUGUUUUAAUGGUAGCAGAACGGUAUACAAACAUAUAUCAAACGAUCAAUUAAACCCAACAAAAACAAAAAAAAAUCUGACCAGCUGACUAGCGAGUGAAGAUUUUUAGAACAAAUGAACUGUAAGGCAAGAAAUAUUUGACGUUUCAGCAGCAAAAGAAUAACAUAUGUAGCAAUUCUACGUGCAGUUACGGUCUAUAUGGAGUGUUACACGGUUAUAUGAGGUUAAAAAACAUACAAGUAACCAGAUUCAGAUGCAUGUUAAUCCAAUAGCACUUAACAAUGGGACUUAGCACACGCACACUGGUCCUUGCGAGUUGCGGUGCGAUAGUAAUGAAUUGUAAUUUAACUGAAACAUUUUAGCAGAUCUGUAUCUGCUGCUACUGCUGCGCUUGCCCACGUUGUUGAUUGUUCGUCACUAUGUGUAUGUGUGUAUAAGUCAGUAACUUAUUCCCCCCCAAAAACAAAAACUCUAGCUAAAAGUGAAAUGUAAUGCGCGUUUCAUUCGGUGUUCAGAUAAGAAUGUACAUUGUGUAGGAUAUGACGGAUAUGGGGUCGUGCCGACAUUGUUCACGCGACAUGGGGCCAUGGGGCACGAAGACGGUCGUUGUGUUGACGAGUGUUGAGAUGUGGCGAAACAGAUGCUUUACAAAACGAAUACUAACUAUCAGCUAAAUAGAAAGGUUUUAGGUUCAUAAUCUAAUGAUAGUAGGAGGAGGAACACAUAGAAGUUUGACAACAAACAAACAAACAGAAGCUUUGCGAUGAUGAUUUCAAUUUGCAAAUGUGGCAAAUAGGCGUUAUUACGUUACGUUAGGCGUACUUUAGUUCAGUUCAGGAUAAUGCAGCGAGAGGCACGAACGACGAGGAGGACGUAAUCAGGCACGUGUGAAUACUACUAGCAAAGGUCAGAUGUGAGGAAGGAUCAAACCUGGCUUAGGCUGAUUUGAUGCGUUAAGGUAAGGUUCGAUUGACUUGUGCUGUGAUGUUACAGGAAAUGCCGGGAAACCUUGUACCAUUCGAGUGUACCGAGUUUAGUUGUGGCUCACGCCUAUAAUGUGUGGAGGAGCGUUAGAUGAUCGAAUCCUUACAAGCGAAACGUUUUGCGUCCUGUGCGAGAUUAUUCAAAGCGAGAGCCGUUGAAUGGGGGAUGCAUUAAUUGAAAACACAAAUUCCUGGAACAGGGGGAACGCGUAUUCGCGUGCAUGUGUGGAAGGAAGUAGUUCACGCUACUGAAUAGUUGGCAAAGCAAUAUAAUGAAACAAAACGGUUAGUAAUACACAAAGGUGUGACACGUGUAAUGUUGUAGAAAGAGAAACGGAGUAAAAUGAGGAGAGGAUGUGGGGCAGUUCAGGGCGAUCGUGCAAUGGAAUUCGUUGCUCAUCGAUCAAUGCGUUCCCAAUCAGUGAUGACUAUUCCUCCUUUGUUUUGUUUAAUUUUUAAAUAAUCACACGAAAUUUAUUUAUUUGUACGAAAAGCUUAAGGCCGGUAGGCGAACGUGGUACAUUCGUUUAUGUAAAAGUUGGUACGUUCCAUAGAUUUAUGCAUAUACUGUUUACGCUCGGUUAAUUUGUAAAGCAAUCGCACGCUGAGUCGACACACACACACACACACAAAAAGAAUUAUGUACUAUGGGGAGGCAACAUAUUUCCAACUAUACAAAUUAUUGUUACGCGAAUAGGAGGCGAAUGCAUGAAAAAGAAAAAAAAUAUUACACCUUCCACUUGUACUCGUAUACACAACCUAUCAGCAAACCCCUUAUAUAUUACAUAAAUACAUAACGUUGAAUGAUAAAGAUGAAA